AUGCUUCAGGGUCCUCCCCCUGAAGCCCAACCAAAGUUUGCGGUAUUUUCUUUAGAAGAGCCAGGCAAUUGUUCCGAUAACGUGCCAGAUACACAGCUUUUUCUGUGUAGCCCCAACCAACAGGAGGAACACUCUCCUCGCCCUCAUAUACCGGUGUGCGAACUAUCUCCUCGAGGCCAGCAGCGCUUGACAGGUGGGAAGGUCUCAGAAAUGGCUGUAUGCUACACGGAACGUAGCCCAGGGUGCUCAAGCGUUGCGGGCAAUCCCGUUGGCGAGCGCCCUCAAGCGUCAUGCGUCCCUUCACUGUCCACUUCUGGCGACUCCUUCCGUCCUGUAUCUCCUGACAGAUCCAUGGGGCAUCAAGUGCGUGAGCUCUCUUUUGAUUUAAAGGAACAACUGCAUGUAGACACAAAGCGAACACGCACAGGCCCUUCGUGCUGCAGCCUGUGCAAGUCACCUCAGACGACAGAGGGACCGUCGCGCUGUACGGCCGACAAGACUCCAUCGGGACUCCUAACAGGGGAACUAGGUGGCUCCCAUUCUCCCUUGAGGGAACCUGAAAAUAAGGCUUCUCCCGCUGCAGCGGCGCCGGCCGAAGCAGCAGAGGCACCUGCUGCAGCAGGUCAGCCAAGAGCGGCUGGAGAUGAUUGUUGUCUCACGUGUAGCUGCCCUUGUCACAAUGGAAGCAACAGCGGAAGCAAAAUAGUGUGUUUUGAAGGGCCUAGGAGGCCUCCAACAUUCGCAGCCAACCUGGCGGACCUCUGCAAGGCCUUCCCCUCUGUACACCAAGGGCUGAUUGUAUCGCUGCUGGAAACAGCAGAUAACGAUCUGCAGAGAGCCCACGCCCUUGUGCGGGUAGUGAGCGACACAAACACGGGCCUCUACAAUCCCAAAAGUGGAGGCCCCAUGGCCAAGCGGAAACGAUGGCCAGAUGACUGCUUUGACGUCCUUGAGGGGCCGUUAAACACUGGAAGCAACCGCAGGGGUUCUGGUGGUAUGGACAUUGCUGAGGGUACCCCCAAUGGCGCAUUUGCAGUUUCGGAUCAGCAGCAGGCUCUGCAUCAUUCGCAGCAUCCAACUGGGGUAGCACCUCCGACUGCUAGUGUUACCGGGGCAGCUCCGUCAGCAACAGGAUCCGACCCGUCAUCAGGCAAGGGAACCGGGGGAGGGGUGCACCGUGCUCCUGUAGUUUUGGGUAGAGAGCUACUGCCCGAGUCAUGGUGCGAUGAAGUGGCCGAAAGGCUUCUGUGGGCCAUAGUGACAGCUGCCAGUGGGGAUGACGCGAAGGCUAAGGCAGCGGCGCUGCUGAAGGAGCACGCGCAGCAGUUGGCGCAUGCUCAACGGGACGAGCCGUCUCAAGCCGAACUCGCCAAAGAAGCGGAAAGGCAAGAGCUGGCGAAGAGAGUGGAAUUACUGCAGAACGACAAACUGCUUCUCGCCAGAGCGGUCAAGGCCCAACACGAAAAGUUGCAGACGUUGCAACAGAGUCUUGCUGCAAAGACAGAAGAAGCGCGCUACCUUGUGCAGGAGCUCAGCGGUGCGCAGCAGCGCCUUAGGUCUUUGCGCGAUGCCGCAUCAGCUCUUCUGUUGGGUGCAGCCACGGGCCGCAACAACAGUCCCUGUCGUGACAACACUUUCGACAGGCGAGAUUGCGCCUCCGCAGCCACAGACGCUGCUCUGGAUGCUAGCUUGUCCCCGUACCAAAGACAAAAGGCAACAUGGUUCGUCACCCUUUGA